AUGUUGCACGGCUCUGGACAAGCGACAGCGUGGAUACGUCGUGCUGGUCUCGCUCAGAGCUGGAAUGAUCUACAGCUGGAGCAGUCGGCAGUGGAACAUGUGGAGAAGGCGGUCGUCGAAGAACUGGCCCGUGAUGUAGACGACUUGUCGACUAUUUUCGAGGGCCUUGUGGACGGAGCAGACAUUUCGCUGCCUUGCGACGACGGCCACGACGGAACUUGGAUCGACAGUUUGGAUGACGACGGGGUGGAUGUGAUUGAGCUCUCGUCUGCGUUCGACGUGCUGAUGGAGGAGCAAGGAGAGGCGAUGGCGGUCUCUGACUCGGGCGAUGGCUCGAACGACGAGGAGGAGGACGACACUGACGACGAGGAUGCGACGACGGACGAGACGGAGGUGACUGAUAGCAGUGUUACGGAUAUCGCUGACAUCCACAUCAUUCCGUCUGCGCCCGUUUGGGCGAGCAUGGCUCCGCUGGACCCUCGCUCCUGCAUCCGCACACCAGUGUUUUCGGACCUGGAUACGCGAAUCCCGCGCGUCCAAGUACCUCGAAUCGACCUGUCUUUCUCAGCCCAUCGCGUAGUUAUGCUGGCUGCUGGUGUCGCGGACGUCAGUCAGCCUGAACAGUCGAUGUCGCCGCCGAAAGAAAAGGCCAAGGUCGCAAAGUGUGCGCACAACUCCGAGACGUGCUGGGUGUGCAAGAGUUCCAAGUCAGUAGAGCAGAAGCGUGCGCUGCAUCGUUAUUACGAGAAGCGGGCGCGUCGCAACUGGAAACGGGGUCCUCGGUACACUGGCCGCAGCAACGUGGCGUCGUCACGUGUGCGCGACAGCGGGCGGUUUACGUGCACGACACGAUGGAUCUGA